AUGGAAGCUGUAUUUAGUGAUUUACAGAAACAGGGGAAAAAUAACGUGGAUAAUCUAGUGAAAUGGUUCAAAGAUGCGAAAAUAAUAGACCAAAGCAAAGAACAGGAGGAGAAACUCCGCAGUUUCUUCGCCGACGUGCCGGACAAGAAAAAUGUAGCCGUGGACAAGUUUAAAGAAGUUCUCGGUAAAGUCACAGAAGAAUUCAAGAAGAAUGCUGAUGUAGCGGCCAAGCAGUUGGCGGAGAACGGGCCCAAAUUGCUGCAGGCGGUUAGACAGGCGGCAGAGGGGGCCACCAGCGCGGUAAAAGAUCUCAUACCUAAAGGGAAGUGAGGAAAUAAAGUGA